UUGAAUCGUCUGCUAGCGUUUGCUCCGCUGGCUGCUGGCCGUCCCGUCCGCAGCGUUAGAAACACGAUCUCGGUGUCGGCUGGGGCGUGGGUGCUAUUUUUGUCAUGUGAAUCUGUGGAGUAUUUUUAGACGGGGACGGUCUAAUUUUAAAACAAAUUUGGAACUGGUAGUCGGAACGAUGGAGUAAUAUGGCCGACUUGGCGGAUAAAAUCGACGACUUGAUAUGUAGUUUUGAAGGUGGUGGUGAUACAACAAUGGAUACAGUGGCUAUGCUGAUGUUUGGGUGGAUGGUGUUCGGUCUGUUUGUGCUGGGGAUCGGAAAAUUCAUUUACGCCAAGUAUAUUCGCGGCGGCAAUUGGAAAGGAAGCAACGCCGUGCCGCCCGUAACCACAACCGCCAGUGUCAUUGAUGACCAUUCGGUUAAAAGCACAACUGUCAAGGAGCUGAGAAGUGCUGUCUCUUCUGGUGGGGCUUAUGUUCCUCCAACUCCCCCUGUACGCAAAAGAAUUGGUUCGACGAAACGGGGAUCGUCUGUUGGACCCGUCAAGAAUGCUUCCAAGGUAUCCCCUGUAACAUUGCCUCCCCCAGCCACUGGUCCAGACCCAGAAGCUGUGCAUUGGGUCAAUCAGGUCUUUGCGUGGUUGCACUUGGACCCUGUAACGCUCAAUGAGCUUCUUGGGGUGUGGGUGCAGUCCCUCAAUGAAUCGACAAGGAAAUCUGUUGCUGAGGCUGGAGUUGGAGUAGAGUUUGUUCGGAUUCUGCCAGAGACACAUGCUCCAACUCUCACCAACAUCUUCGCUGAAUGUGAUUCUAGAGAUGAUAUCACCAUCACCUGCGAUUGUGAUGCCACUCCUGCAUUACAACUUAAAGCUUUUCGUCAGAAGGGAGAGAAGGUGGAAGUAUCCCAUUAUCGAGUGAAUGUGAACAGAUUCCGAGCACGAUUGAACAUUGUUUGUGUCACAGAAAAGCUUCUUGCUGAUGUCAAAUGCGAUGGAUGGCCAGAAAUCAAAGUGUCCCUUGCCCCUGUUGGCAGCAUAAAAAAUAAUUUGGAUGAACAGCAGCUUCAAGACGUAAUAAUUGACAUCAUUGCCACAGCUUUGAGAAUGUCAAAUGUCCAUCUGAACCUGGGCAUGUAUCCAGACUUCCCAAGGUUUGGUCGCCAUCAGGUGCAUCAGCCCGGCCUUUCUCUUCCUGUGCACUAUGAUAGCAUGUUGACAGCACCUUACUCUGGCCCUGUUGCUGGUGGUAGAGCACCCGGGGGUCGCAGACUACUUGUUAAAGUCAUCAAAGCUGUAGGCCUCGGUGCCAGGCAAGCAGGUUGCCAGGAGCCGUAUUGCGUGGUUGAAAUGGACGAACCAGCUCAAAAGUACCAAACAUCAGUGAAGAAAGAUACUGACAGCCCUGUGUGGGAUGAACACUUUCUCUUUGACGUCUCUCCCAACACUGCAGAGCUGCUCUUUGAAGUCUAUGACAGAGGAGGGCUCCCUCAGAACUCAGCGUCACGCACAGGCACUUUCAUGGGGCUGGGCAUCGUUGGCGUGGAGGAGCUCCUCAUCAAUCCCAGUCAGCGACAAGUGAUAUCAUUACAAUCACGGCCUUAUGAAGGCGACCCCGUUUCAGGAACACUUACUGCUGAGUUCCUGUUCAUUGAGGGAGCUGACAUUCCUGCAUUUGGAGGAACUCCAUACAAACUCAAAGAAACUCUCAAGACCACUUCACCAUCUGGAGCUGUUAUCACAACCACCAAAACUGUGUUUGCUAAUGCUGGAGAUGCCUUUGUUCCAGAGCAUCAACUGUCCAAUGGUGGUGAACGUGUAACUGAAUCAGCGUUGAAAGAGUUGGAGCUCAGGAACCGAGGACAACCUACGCAGACAGACAAAAGCACCCUGAUUAUCCAUAGUGUUCAACGGCAAGGACCUCGUCAGCUUGUUAAGGUAGAGCAAGGCAAAAAUGGACGCUGGCAUGAAGUGGAUCAGUCUGGGUUCGGGCUGCAGUCUCCACAGCAAGUUGCUUUGCAGCAGCAACAGCAGCAGCAGCAGCUUCAACUGCAGCAGCAGCAACAGCAGCAACUCAACUCUACUCAACGUGUUGGGCCUGAUGGUGACCACUUGACAGCAGAAGAACGUGGUCGCAGUCGUAGAAAAAAGAGAGAUUUUUUUGGCACCAUCAAGAGGCGGUUAAAUCGCUCUAAAGUUCGAUCAAAAUCAGUUGACCCUGGGGAUCAUGAAAACCGUGAUCAAUCUCCUAGUGCUCUAAGUCGAUCAAUAUCAGCUGAUCGUGCACAUGAUGGGUCUCAACAUUCAUCAGGUUACUUGACUGUCCCUGGCCUCCGAGCUGAUUCGACCCGUUCAAGUUUGAGUGAAGCUUCUGGUAUAAGUGGUGCAUCUACUCGUACAUACAUCAAUGAAGCAUCAAAUCUUGUUUUGGAGACUCUUGAAAAUGGCAUCCACAAGUACUACUUGGUUCCACUGUCAUUAGCUCAGAAAACCAAGUGGAAGAAGAAGGGGACAAAGCUUCACAUUUUCAAUGACCACACCUUUAUUGCCAAACAUCUCACUGGAGGAACUGUUUGUCAGAUAUGUGCCAAGACUGUGGCCCGCCGCAUUGGUAAACAAGGUUACGAAUGCAGAGACUGUCUGCUCAAGUGCCACAAGCAAUGCCAUGUCAAAGUAGAUACGACAUGCCCCAACUCAAACAUCCAAAACAUUGAACUUCAGAGGUAUCCAAUCCUAAGGUCGCUCCUCCCUGUUCUGAGUGAAUAACCGUUGCUGCCACAUGUCGGUGCAGAGUCCUCAACUGAUUCGUCAAGUUCUAACAAGACAAAGCAGCAGGAAGCUAAAGAAGAAUAAUUAAGUCAUCAUCAUCCUCAUCGAAAUAACAUUUCUCAGUUUAUGCGCAUUGUAAUUUGUUUCUCUGUGAUUUUAUUGCUGAUUUCUUCACAAACUUUUCCUAAUUAUUUGAACUGAUUUUCUUUAUUUCUGCUGCUCAUUUUUGACAUUCAUUCAUUUUAUUAUUAGUCGAUGAAGACACUUAGGAAACUUCAAAAGUGAAGGGUUUUUUUUUCGGCUGAAGGAAUACUGGAUACAAUGUUCACUCUAUUGAGUUGAUUUAAAAAGAAGCAGGAUAGGAGUCUCUUAUAAUUUGUAAGUGAAAAGGACUAUAGUGUCCAUUAGUCUCAUUUUUCUUUUUAUCAUUCUAGAAACGCAUGUUUCUUUUUAAAUGAUCUGAUACUGGGAGGUUUCAACUAUCUCUCAUUUAGUUUGCAGCUCUUUGCUGUCUAAAAUACCUACCAUAAUGACAUUUCCACAUGACAUGACCUUGUUUUUUUCUUUACAAAGCACAAGAAAAAGGUGCCAUUUUAAAAAGAUUAAGAUGCUCUUAGCUUUGAUUAGUUGCUCUGCUCACUGUUUUGUACUUAGACCUUUCUCCUAACAUUGAAGAUUUGUAUAAUUCUUAAGCCUUGACAUUGUGAUUUAUCUGAGACUGAAAUGCCAGAUAAACUGUUUAAUUCCAAAAAAAACAUACGAACUUAUGGCAAACUGAUAAAGGAAGCAUUUUUCCUCUUAGAACGCCUUGCUUCAGGGCCUUUGUUAAGCCAAAUUUUAAUCUUAAUAAUGUUGUAUAACUUUGUUUGUGAGUAAACUGACACCUAGGAACAUCUUUUAAAGCAUAGCAAAAUGUUUUCAGACAUCUGGCUUUUUCAGUUUGGCCAGAUUGGUACCCCCAUAAUCUAGAGCAGUCUGAUUUUCAUGUACUUAAUCUCUAAUGUGCUCUGUACUGUAAUAAGGCAACUUAAUGAAUAGCAAUGUUUCAAUUGUCUUAAGUUAGGAUUUGUUGCUUCAUCCUAACUCAUACUUACAACGAUACUUAUUCAUUGUUUCCCAGUUUCUUAUUUUGUUUUGAAAGAAAUGGUCCACACCAUGACGAGCAACGAAAUAUGACGUUGGAAGUACUGGGACUUUAUCGCAGUGCAACUAUGAACAUUACGGUAGUGCGUAAUAGCCCUGUCUGUUCUUCAAAUGAUAACUUAAUAGUACAUGGUACAAUAUAUGAUAUUAAUGUUUCUGUUAUUUUUUGUUAACUUCAUGUUUUGUUGUGCAUCAGUUAUGAUCUUAUUUAUUUGUUAACUGCCUCAAUGUUUUGAAAGAUAUGUGCCUUUUUCUCAUUUCAUUUUAUUUUUUUCAAUUUUACUAUUGUAGUACUUGCUAGCUGAUAAUAUUAGCUACCAUGACAUGAAUAUUCAUAAUUCUUCAAAAUCUUUGAAUGCAAAGGUGUUGCAUUUUAUCUUGCUGUCUUUCAAGGCAUCAGUUACCUCAUUCUUUUAUUUUAUUAAGGGUAAUAAUGAUUUUAUCCUAUUGCUUGUUCUGUGAAGUCUCUGCAUCCUUUCUCCACACAUGACAUAGAAAGAAGGAUGGAAGAGACGGAAUCAUCGCAACGUCAAUGGUUCAAUAAAAUUAUGGUGUUUGUUUGGGUUUAGUUCCCUCUUUUAAAAUGUUAAAUUUGUAUUAGCAAUAGACAAUCUUCAAUGUGAAAAAUGUAUUUAAAAAAAGAGUGUUUCAACUGUUGGUUAUUGUUAACAUUUCUCUUUACUUUAAAAUUGGUAAUGUUUAAGUGCGGUGUGGUGUUUUUUUUUUCCAGUUUAUCAAUUGUUAUGUGAUGUUCCAUGUGUUAAUAACGUUCGAGUGAAAGAAAUUCAAAUGCACUUGUUCAUAAUUAAGUAACAAGGUUGAUAUUGUAGAAGAAACGUCAGUUUCAUGUAUCCCUUCAUGUGAUAAACAUAAGUACCUCUGAAGAAUACCACAUCAGCAUCGAAUUCUCUUGUGAUGCUCUUAGUUUCAAUGAACUUAUGUAUCAUGUACCACUCGAUUUUCUUGCUCUUGAUUUUGCACUAUUACCUACAGGAGGGUCUUUACCUAAUGUUUUGUACAUUCUCUUCUGUUUUGUUGAUUACUGUUCUUGUGUUGGGCCAAAUAGUUAGUUAAUGAAAUGCAUUAGUUGUUACAUUCGUUUAAUUUGAUGUUUGUUUAUUAAAAUGUUAUUGAAAUAUGUUUUAAGGGAAUGCAUGAAGGGAAAAGAAUAUACUAUGGGAUUUGGUGAAUUAAUGACUCCAGAUUGUGUAAGAAUGAUGAUUUGGCCCCAUCACAUUGCUGCUUAUGGCCCCAUGGCUCUGCCAUAUGCAUUUUUCAUGUAAUUUGCUGUUGUAUCGAUGUUGCCAAUGGCCUGAUAUCGGUGAACGAGUUUCAGUCACAAAUAUAUUAUUGAUGUGUGCUACUCCAUGUAUUGUGUUUUCUAUUGCUGGCAUUGCUUGUUCCCCUCAACUUCUAACAUCUAGGUGAGAUAUUUAAUUUAUUGUUGGAAGUAGAUCUGUGCGAUAAACAGAACAAUUGAUGGAAAUAUAAUCCAUGUGCAUAUGUAAAUUUGGGCUUUCCCUCUCACUUACUUGGGACCUGUGUCUCUUUCAUUGUUCAUUUGCUUUUGUGGUGCUUUAUGUUCCAACUAAAUACUAGUCAGAACUAUGUGGUGUAUGUAAAUAUAAGGGUGGUAAUGGUUUGUGUCAACACCAGCUUUUCUUUCCGUUAUGAAAUAUAUUCAUAAACCAUU